CGUUCAGUGAAGCGCGCUGAACCAAUCGGAGCCGAUCACGGCUGAAGCGUCCGCCAACGAGCGUCCGCGGGAGGAGCGCCUCAAAGUCCGGCUGCCCGUCCUGAGCUCCGUCAGUGCGCCUCCGAGCUCCUGGAUGGACCGCAGCAGCGUCUGAACCCGGGACACCUCGCCGAAGCGCUCAUCAUGACGGAGGAGCAGGAUAAGUCCGGCGCGGAGCCGCCGUGCAGCCCCGCCGCCUCGUCCAGCUCCAUGUCCCCCGAGGAGUCCGACUCGGACGCGCCGGCGUCCCCCGCGGCGCUCAUGAUCGCGAAGCUGGAGCGCGAGGACGAGCGCUUCCCGGCGUGCAUCAGGGACGCGGUGUCCCAGGUGCUCAAGGGCUACGACUGGUCCCUGGUGCCCAUGCCGGCGCGCGGCAGCGGCGCGAUCAAGAGCAAGCCGCACGUCAAGAGACCCAUGAACGCGUUCAUGGUGUGGGCGCAAGCGGCGCGCAGGAAGCUGGCGGAUCAGUACCCGCACCUGCACAACGCCGAGCUCAGCAAGACCCUCGGGAAGCUCUGGAGGCUGCUGACGGAGAGUGAAAAGAGGCCGUUCGUGGAGGAAGCCGAGAGACUGAGAGUUCAGCACAAGAAGGAUCACCCGGAUUACAAAUACCAGCCGAGGCGCCGAAAGAGUGUGAAGCCCGGUCAGAGCGAGGCUGAGGCCGGCGCCGAUCUCACCCAGCACAUGUAUAAAGCUGAACCGGGGAUGGGUCGACUGGGGGCUCCGGCCGAUCACACAGGCCAGCCUCAUGGACCCCCGACACCCCCCACGACGCCCAAAACGGACCUCCAUCACGGAGGAAAGCCAGACCCCAAGCACGAGGGCCGGCGCCUGCUCGACGGCACGCGACAGAACAUCGACUUCAGCAACGUGGACAUCUCGGAGCUGAGCACGGACGUCAUCAGCAACAUGGAGGCCUUCGACGUGCACGAGUUCGACCAGUACCUGCCCCCGAGCGGCCACGCUCCAGACGGGCAGAGCGGCGGCUCCUACGCUUCGCCCUACGGCGGCGGGGCCUCCUGGAGCCGCAAGGGCCCCGCGGCGUCCUCGCCGGCCGCCACCAGCGAAGCCGGUCAGCACAGGGCGCACAUUAAAACGGAGCAGCUGAGCCCGGGUCACUACAGCGAGCACUCGGCCGGCACGGCGUCUACAGCGCCACGGGCCUCGGCCGGCUCCGCCUCCUUCGCCAGCUCUCAGUGUGACUAUACAGACCUCCAGAGCUCGGGAUACUACAGCCCGUACCCCGGCUACCCGUCCGGCCUCUACCAGUACCCCUACUUCCAUUCCUCGCGGAGGCCAUACGGGAGCAACAUCCUCAACGGCCUGCCCAUGCCGCCCUCACACAGUCCCUCGGCCAGCUGGGAUCAGCCGGUUUACACCACGCUCUCCCGGCCGUGAGGCCCGGCGCGGCGUGCUACGUCCCGUACUAUAAUGAAGGACGAUCGCCACGAUUUCGCCAAGCAAGACGUUCCAGGAUGGGGUUGGGAUUCCACAAUUGGAUAAUUAAAGCCGCAGGCCAUAAGUUUUGGCGCCCCUGCGGUUAAUAAACAGAACUGCGUGCAUCUUGCGGAAGAACAUUGUGGGCGGAGCUACUUCUUUCUGUUUAUGUCUGAAUACACAGGUACUGGGCUCCUCCGCUGCGGUACUUACCCAAACUGGUCUAAAUAGCCCCAAUAUAAACACUUACAUAGGUGUGCCGUAGUGAUUCAGGAAAAGCCAAAAACACGUUUAGGAAAAUGGAUUUCAAUUUUGUAUAUUUUUUUGAACACAAAAAUCGAGAAUCAGAUAUUUGUCGUAAAAUGAACAUUUCCAUUCCACUUGUCAAUUUCUGUGUGCACAUCUUUUUUUUUUUUGUGGUCAAAAUUUUUUUUUAAU